ACUUCACACCCUUUUGAUUGCAUGAAAAUUAAUUCCCCAGAAAAUGGCGGUCGCGUCUAUGAGUUUCAACCUAGUCGGAGCAUUCAGAGGGAUGGCCCUGAGCUCAAGCUCUUCUUCUUCCACGUCCUCCUCUUUCUUCAGAGGUGAUAUGGGCUCCGUCCAAUUGGGCCCAAAGCUAUCCUUGUCUACUACUACCCAACGCAGAUUGCCAUUGACGAUUCAAAACGCGCACAAGAAAGGAGCUGGUAGUACCAAGAACGGUCGCGAUUCCAAAGGCCAAAGGCUCGGCGUCAAGAUUUACGGUGACCAGGUCGCCAAGCCCGGCUCCAUCUUCAUACGUCAGCGUGGCACCAAGUUCCAUGCGGGGAAGAAUGUGGGGCUUGGCAAGGACCAUACCAUUUUCUCUUUGAUAGAUGGCUUGGUUAAGUUUGAGAAGUAUGGACCUGACAGGAAGAAGGUUUGUUCUGAAGUUGUUGAACCUUACAGUUGUUGGCUUGAAAGAGUAGGUACUUUGUGCUAG